AUGCCCGCCGCCAUACCCUCUACCCAAUCCCGCAUCGUGUUGGUCAACCGACCCAAGGCGGCCAUCUCGCCCGACAUCACCUCGGGUAACGGCACUUUCUUGCUCCAGAAGAACGCGCCCGUCGAACAACCCGGGCAGGGCGAAUGCUUGAUCAAGGUCGAGUGGGUCAGCUUGGACCCUGCUAUGCGAGGUAAGCUUGAGUUUCAAUUGCCUUCGUGUCCGACUGUCCUUGGUACACUGCGAGACUGCUCUGCUUGGUGUCCAUCCGGAGCUUCCGCAUCAGGAUCUCGAACUCAAACUGAAUCUCCCACUUUUCUCCGCUCGCGUGCAGGAUGGCUGAACGAUUCGCGCUCGUACAUCGAGCCCGUCAAGCUUCAAGCCGUUAUGCGAGCCCUCGGAGUCGGCAAACUCGUCUCUCUCGGCCAAGAUGCCGAGACGAAGAAAGCCGCCGAGAAGAAGGGUCUUCGCGUGGGCGAUUGGGUUUCGGCGACGUGCGGAUGGCAAGAGUACGCGAAGAUGCCCGUCAGGGAAGUGACGAGGAUUCAUGUUGAUGAUAAGAUCUUGGUGGGUUUGGCCCGGGUCCAGCAUGAUACAAGCACUGGGAUUGAGUCCCUGACCUUGCGCGUCCGACUCCCACAGCCCACGUACCAUCUCACCGCUUUGGGCAUGGUCGCUCAAACGGCCUACUGGGGCCUCAAGGACGUCGGACAAAUCAAGCCCACCGACGUUGUUGUCGUCUCCGGUGCCGCCGGUGCCGUCGGCUCUAUCGCCGUACAAAUCGCCAAGGCUGCCGGGUGCAAGAAGCUCAUCGCCAUCGCGGGUGGAAAGGAGAAGUGCCGCUACCUCAAGGAGGAGCUCGGCGUCGAUGUCGCUUUGGACUACAAGGACCCCAACUUCAAGAAGGACUUCCGAAAGGUCGGAUAUGUUGAUGUGAGCUGCGCGGGAGUUCUUGCUGAGUAGGAGGCAUUGUCGCUGACCGUGUUUUCGAACACAGGUCUACUUUGACAACGUCGGCGGAGAGAUCCUCGAUCUCGUCUUGACCCGACUGAACAAAUUCGCUCGCAUUGCUCUUUGCGGUGCCAUCUCGUGAGUUACUGGAAGGAGACUAUACUAUAUUACCCUGGCACUCACUCCUGCGCGUGCCAUUAUAUCAGUGCCUACAACGACCCCAACCCUCGAGGUCUCCAAAUGUACCUCACCCUCAUCUCGCAAUCCGCACAAAUCCGUGGCUUCGUGAGUUGGGCACUGCUGAGUUGAUUUCGAGUCUUGGAGCGGCUGGGUACUGAUACAACACGCUCUACUUGAACAGGUCGUCUUCGACUACGCCAAGCGAUACAAGGAGGCGGAAGGUAUGCCUCACCACUCACUUUUUCUUUGGACCUGCUUGCACAAACAUUGACCCUCUUCCAUUCACAUCCCACAGAUGACCUCCUCAAGUGGAUUUCAGAAGGUCGUCUCAAGGUCAAGGAGCACCGCAGCGAAGGGCUCGAGAACUGCGUCGACGGUCUCUUGGGCCUGUUCAAGGGAGAGAACACGGGCAAGGCCGUCGUUCGUAUUGGGGCGCCGGACAGUAAGCUUUAG